AUGUCUAACGCUACAGGUUAUGGGCCCAGUCAGGCGGGCCACAGGUGGCUGAGACUUUUAUUCGACGGUGACGAGAAAAGUUACGAGCUCUGGGAAACAAGGUUCCUUGCGCAGAUGGAGUUGCGUGGCCUCAGAGAUGUUAUCCUGGAGGAUCCGGAGAUAGAUUCAGAUGACGAAGGAGCUCUCGCGGAAGAUGAGGCAAAGAACGGCGAGGCAUAUGCGGAGCUAGUGCAAUGCCUGGACAACAAGAGUUUGUCGUUGAUAAUGAGAGAUACGAAACGUGAUGGAAGAAAAGCACUGAAAAUACUUCGCGAACACUACGCAGGAAAGGACAAACCCCGAGUUGUGAGUUUAUAUUGUGAACUUUCUUCGCUCUACAAAGCUAGCAAUGAAACAGUGACAGACUAUAUUAUUCGAGCAGAGACUAUAUUCACGUCAUUAAGAAGGGCAGACGAACAAAUUAGUGAUAGACUUCAGAUAGCAAUGGUAGUUAAAGGGCUACCUGACUCAUACAAGCCAUUCGUCGUGCACAUCACACAGACGAAGGAUGUUGUAACGUUCGUCGAGUUUAAAGCAAAACUGCGAAGUUAUGAGAGUACAGAGAAAUAUGGGAGAGGUGACGUGAAUGUUGAAGACAAAGUAAUGAAGACUAGCGGGGCAACGAGAGCGCGCGAGAGAGGACGUGGAAAGAAAAUGGACCUGGCUGAUGUCGAGUGCUACACGUGCGGUAAAAAGGGACACAUGGCCAGGGCGUGUCCUGACGACACCCAACAGAGAAGAGAGGAUCGAAAGUGGGACACACCACAGCGGGGAAGAGGCCGCGGUCGAGGGCGAGGCCGUGACUACGUGAAGAAAGCUGAUAGAGAGACUGAGGAAGAGUCUCCAACUUUCUGUUUCUUCCAGAUGAGUGACUGUGCUAUACAGCAAGGAAGCAAGAAGGGUCUCAUGGUCGACUGCGGGGCCACAUCGCAUAUGAUCAACGAUGCCACAAAGUUCAAAACGGUGGAUAAGAGCUUCAGACCCGAGGACCACAAGAUCGAGCUUGCCGACGGAACCAAGGUGAGCGGGAUGGCCAAAAUGAGAGGAGACGCCGAAAUCUACUUGCUGGACAGCGAGGGACGGCGAGUGAGAACGAGGCUCAAGCAAGCUCUCUACAUCCCAUCGUUCCCACAGAACAUCUUUUCAGUUAAGGCAGCGACAACCAAUGGAGCUGAGAUCCACUUCAAGGACGGUGACGACUGGCUGGUCAAUAAGAAUGGUACAAAAUUCAGGAUGGACGUGUAUGAGCAGACGCCUUACCGUGUUUUCACAGGAAAAACACCAAACCUAUCUCAUAUGAAGGUAUUUGGCUCUGAAUGUUAUGUAUAUAAGCAGGUAAAGAAGAAGUUGGAUUCCAGAUGUGACAAAAGAAUCUUUGUCGGCUAUGAUAAAUAUAGCCCAGCAUACAACGUGUAUUAUCCUGAGACAGGAAAAGUCCUAAAACACAGACUCGUGAAAUCAAUCACAAAAGGCAGCGCAAAUAGUCAGACUCAGACAGAGUGUGACAUGAGGGAUGACAUUGAGAGUUAUGGAGGUACACCACCACAGGUAGUUAACCAGGGUCAGGGACAGCCCGAAGGGAGUAAAGAGCCUAGUGUGGAGAUUAUUGAGGCAAGUCCAACCCAAGCAGAUAACACUCAGAGAGAACAGGGAGAAGAGAGAUAUCCUACGAGAGAGCGAAAACCCCCAGAGUACUUAAAGGAGUACCAAUGCAAAGCUGGGUGUAACAAUGAUGAAUGUGAAAAUGUGGAUUAUUUCUACAGAGUAGUUUAUGAUGUACCUAAAACAUUUAGAGAGGCUAUGGACUCUGAGAAAUCAAAAAUGUGGACUGAUGCAAUGGAAGAAGAGAUGAACUCUUUGACAGAGAAUAAAACUUUCACUCUGACCCCACUGCCGAGGGGUAAACAAGCAGUGGGAGGUCGCUGGGUAUAUGCAGUGAAAGAGAACCCAGAUGGAUCUGAGACUUGUAAAUCCAGAUACGUGGCAAAGGGGUAUGGUCAAGUGGAAGGGAUUGACUAUAAAGAGACAUUUUCACCCACAGCCAAUAUGACCUCUGUCCGAGCAUUAAUGCAGGUGGCUGUACAAGAGGAUCUUACCUUACACCAAAUGGAUGUAAAGACUGCUUACCUCCAUGCUCCGAUGGACUGUGAGGUAUAUAUGGAGCAGCCAGAAGGUUUUAAGUUUAGGUCAGAAACAGGAGAACGAUUAGUGUCCAAACUCAACAAGUCAUUAUAUGGUUUAAAACAGUCCGGUCGUAACUGGAAUUUGUUACUGCAUGAUCACCUUACAGGGAAUGGUUUUGUGCAAAAUGAUGCUGAUCAUUGUGUCUACAGCAGAGAAUCUGAGAAUGAGAAAGUGAUUCUGUUCGUGUGGGUAGACGACUUAAUUAUAGCAGCGAGUAACAAUACAUUACUCAGUGAUGUAAAGGAGAUGCUGAAGAGAAGGUUUAAGAUGAAGGAUAUGGGUCCACUUAAACACUUCCUAGGUAUUGACUUUAGUCACAAUGAGGGAGCGAUCAAGAUGACUCAAAAGAGACACAUAGUGAAGAUGUUAACAAAAUUUGGAAUGUCUGAGUGCAAGCCGAGGUCCACUCCAUCUGAGCAAAAGUUAAAUUUUGACAGUGAGGGUGAGAUUAUUGACUCAACAGGAUAUAGAGAGAUUGUAGGUAGCUUGAUCUACAUUAUGACAUGCACCAGACCAGACUUGAGCUGGGUUGUUAGUAAGCUAUCGCAACAUCUGGCUGAACCAAAGCAGCAACAUUGGGCUGCAGCAAAACACCUACUGAGAUACUUAAAGGACACAAUAGAUCAAGAAUUACACUAUCGAAAAUGUAAGGAAAGCCUACAGCUUGAGGGAUAUAGUGAUGCUGAUUGGGCAGCUGACAAAAAUGAUAGAAGGAGCACAACUGGAUACUGUUUCAGUUUAACUGAGAGUGGUCCAGCUAUAUCAUGGAAGAGUAGGAAGCAGCCAACAGUGGCACUAUCUACUUGUGAAGCUGAGUAUAUGGCAGUAGCAGCUACGACUCAAGAGAGUAUGUACCUUGUACAACUUCUUAGAGGAAUGGAUGGUAGUAACCAGCAUGUACCAGUCAAGAUAUACGAGGACAAUCAGGGGGCAAUAGCUUUGUCUAAAAACCCAGUAUGCAGACAGAGAAGCAAACGUGGAUAUCAAGUAUCACUUUGUACGGUCCGCACACACAGAAGGGAAGAUAUGCAUAGUAUACUGCCCUACUGCAAACAUGGUAGCUGAUGUCCUUACCAAGCCGUUGACAAAGGCUAAAUUUGAGAAGUUCAAGGGGUAUUUGUUUGGAGAGUAAUGUGAACUGGCAGAUAUGAAUGUUUCUGGAUAGAAAUAUGAACUGCAAAGUUUUAUAAUGAUGUAAAAAUUUUUAUUUUUGAGGUUUUCAGAACACUGCCAGGAUGUCAAAGGUUUUAUUUUAGAGUUAUGUAUUUUUGGUUUUGUUUACCACUAGAGAGAGCUAUAAACAUGUCUUUGAGUGGGAGUGUUAAGCAUAUUUGAUAAACAGUGGCAAAGCCAUGUUGAAUAGCCUACGCAGUGACGACAUGCUGAACGUGAGUGCCUGCGUGCACCGGAAUGUAUAUUGUGAGCAUGCGCAGAAUAAAUUGCCAGUGUGUAUGAGAGAGAGUUCCAGGCCGAAGAGAUGGUGAAGCGUCAGUUAUUUUCUCCCGUGAAUAUUAGCCAUUAGAGCUAGUGCUAGUUAGCCACAGUGGUGACUGCAUUCACGAUAGACUGCUGCGAGAUGUCUCACGCUACAAAGGUACUGUGAACGGGCGAGUCCAAGUUUGAACUCUUUGGUCAGCAUCGUUGUGUUUUUGUU